AGGUAUUGGUGAUCCACUGCUACUGGACGCGGGAGCACGUUAAGCGAAAGUUUCUUCUAUUCCGUCCACAACCAUUUAAACAAUUCGAAUCAUAUGAAGGUUGAGCUACAUUUCAAGCUUCGCGGUACUUUGCCGAACCCCUGUGUCAACUUUUUCAGUUUGCUGAGCUCAAUGCUUUAAAUCCGCGUUCAUUCUUUUAUUGGGUUUAAGUUUACUAUGUAUACUGAGUCUACAAUUUUCGUUUUUAUUGUUCUUUUUUUAGAUUAUCGAGUUAGCUGAGUCAAUAAACAUCUUCAACUAUACCUUUUUCCAUCACUUUCCAAUAAAAUCCUACACAAAACCUUAUUUAGAGACCGCAGUUGACCGAACGGUAAAGCUGUUUAGAGCUCUUUCCUAAUAACACACAAGCUACUCAGAAGUAUAGAUACAUUGCUUGCAAAACCACGACUAAGAGGCGAAACAUCUUGUCAGAAAGCUGGUAGAAAAAUGGCCCUCAGUUUUAGAUCUUCUAAAUACUUACUCAUAACUCUAAACUUACUCUACCUAGUUAUUGCUUUCAUUCUUGUUGGCGUUGCUGCAUAUGCCCGGCUAAGUAUUUAUGUGACGAGCGUUCAUAUUGUUGGUGGUAUAAUAGCUUGUGGAGUCUUCCUCUUUGUGCUUGCUGUAGCUGGAUUGUUGGGCGCUAUCAAACAUAACCAGCCAAUAUUAUUUUUCUAUAUAAUCCUACUUUUCGGCCUCUUUCUCGUCCAAUUUUCUGUAGCAUGCGCUUGUCUAUCACUCUCUAGUGAUUAUCAACAGAUUUUAGUUGAGACAGCGUGGAAGCAAAGCUCCAAUAACUCAAAACUAACUGUCAUGACGGCGUUUAAAUGCUGUGGUUUCAGUAGAGCCGAUCUGUCUUCAUCUGCCGCAUUGGGAUAUCCCCCGUGCAAGUUAGCCAAGGUAAGUAGCUGCACUAAUUAUAUUCAUUAUCUUAUUGAAUUUGUCGUUUCUAAUUCCGAUGACUUGAAAAAGUACACAUUUGUCUAGGUAUCUACUUUGUCAUAUACUUUAUGUUUUGUUCCAAAAGCACAUAGAAUAUGUAAUGAACUGGAUACAUAUUAACGCUCCUAAAGCUUUGCUUUAGUUUUUCAUAUUACGAAAUGACAUGGAUUAUUUUAUUAAACUACUUCACGAUUCCCGACUUUUCAUUAACAGUUUGUUGAGAAACGAAAUUCUUCUAAACUGCUAACCUUUAAUUUUAUAGCGCAUGUUUAAACAAUCUACAUUAUACUGCUGAUAAUCUAGAUAUUCUUCCUAGCCUUAUUACUAAUGGUCUACCACUUAACCCUAACCAAUAUUACAGCCUUGUUUUUGUGUCUGUGUGACAGCUGCAACCAUUAAAAAAUAUAUGUUGAUUGCAGAUGUUUGGUUGCAGAUGUCUUCGAAAUAUCGGUCACUGAGCAGAAAGUUUUAGGUUUAGACUGAAUGGUCAAAGGAAGGCAGCUAAAUCAAUCGAUUAGGCUGUAUAAGUCAAUAGUAGAACUCUGAAGUGCAAUAGGAAUUGUCUAUCUUAUACACUAACCCACUGCAUUUGGGUUUUUGGCUUUUCUGGUUAGAAAAUAAAAUCACGUUAUAGUCACACAGAGUUUUCAUCGAAGGUACUGUCCAAAGCUGUAGUAAACUUGAGGAAAGCUAAAUAAUACCGGACUAAAACGUAGCAUUAGUCCAUAAAGUCAUUGUUAGUCUGAAUUGUGUCGAGUCUUCCAAAUGAGGAAAUCAUUGUUUGGAAACCAUAGAUGACAUAGCUCAGGUUCACCCAACCUUCUCCUUUUAAGUCCUGAACUUUGUACUACCCGUUAUUUGUUUUCCGUUUUCAAUUCUUGUGCUUCUCGUCCGUUUUGUUGUCUUAUGUUGAUUUACCGCUUCUUAUUACGGACAGACAUCAACAACAUAGAACUUAGUACAGAUACGUUGGCCUAGAUUGUUUUGUAUUGUUACGAAGUUCAGCAACUCAGACUACCACACUUUCGUUCUGGAUCGUAAAUUGAUAUGUUACUUUGCUUUUGUCAGUCAGUCAGCUACAACGUAGGACCAGGCACACAUAUGCAUCGGUUCAAGUUGCCACACCUCGUUAGCACAGCAAGAUGAACACCAAAUUCAUGGAAGUAGUUAAUUUAGUGAUGGUAACAUAUAAAAGAAAGGUCGUAUAUAAGCAUAUCGUACAUGAAGAAAAACAGAUAUGAAGCAAUUUUAGUCUCAAGGUUUAAAAGAAGAUGAAGACUGUAUAUACCUGCGCCAUUAUGAUAGAUUCUGAGCCAUGUUACCUAGAGUCUCGAACCAUCGGUUACGAUAGUCACGCAGACCCCAACCAUGUAGUCUACAUCUACCAACAUAGCUAAGACUAGAAGUUAGUGACUUUAUGGACCGAUGCCACGUUUUGAUUUAGCCGCCUCUAACUUUCUUCCAUCUAUGUUUUACACUAGUCAGCAUUGCGCAUCAUGGUAAUCGGUUUUCAGGCAUACGUAACACGUGGCCUAACCAUCUCAGUCGAUGAAGAUUCGGGUUUCUUAUAUUAGUCUGAAGAGUUGCCUGGUGUUGCCUACAGCCGCUGCCUUUUCCAUCUCUUUUGCUUUCGUUGCCCACCACUGCUCACGAUCGUUUCUUAGACUUUUAGUCAGCCUAUAUUUGAUUUGUUUCCGCUCUUUGUCGUGUUCAGAGCCUGACGGGAUGAAUUUACGCAAAUCCAUCAGUGAAAUAUACUUGGAAGAAAUCCACUGGUUUUUUGGAGCCCUAUGGUUUAAAUUACUAAUAGAUGUGACUGCUGUUUCCACAGCUGUUCGUAUGUCUUUCCAAGCAGCAUCUGGGUCAGUCUCGUUUACAGAACUGCCUAGAUGUGAACGCAGUUGUUCCUGGAACUUACAUUUGGAUUUCUCGUCCUCCAGUUCAAUCCUAAUGGGUCUUCUUAGUGUAGUUUUUUUUGCGUCCAGUGAGGUGCAGACAAAUACGUGCUCGUAUUAAAGCGUGAUCAGAGUCUAAACAAGUAUUCCAAUACGAGCGACAAUCUUCUAUUGAGCCUCUCCAACGAUGACUGAUGGCAAUAUGGUCUAUUUGAGUCCAUCGUUGGUUUGGUGCAGGUGGUCGCCAUGUUAGGCGAUGUCUCUCCUUAUGUUUAAAGUUAGCGUUUGCUAAAAAUAAACGAUUGUUUGAGCAUAGUUGCAACAGAUGAUCACCAUUAUCGGUUCGUUGAGCCGAAAUACUAAAUGUCUUUCUGUUUGAUUUAAGCUGCCUACCUGGGCAUUAAAGUCACCCGCUACGACUACUAUGUCUGAGCGCUUAACUUUCUGAAUAAGCUCAGAGAGCUUUCUGUAAGUCACCUUUCACUUCAUCAUGGCUGCAGUCAGUGGGAGCGUAGGCAGAAACGACGAAAAUGCAACGACGUGUGUCCCUGUCCUUCCGAGUUCUUACGGAGCCAUUCAGCCGGGCAGCACACAGGCGACUGUUAACAGAGAUCCAUUCUAAUAGUGCUUCUUCUGCCCUUGUACUAAGUGCUGUACCUACACCUGCAUGUCCACGAGAACUAGCCAUAGGGACGUCAGAUACACGGAGGGUGUAUUUCGUUGGCUGUCCAUUCUGGCAAGGUGAGACCAAGUAAAUGACACACUAAGAUCGUAUAUGCGUGUUUCGGAGACACAGCAUACAUCAAUGGUACGAGAUUCUAGGGUGUUAGCCAAGGAGGCCUGUUGGCCGAUUUGACUUAGGGUACGUACGUUGAAGGCUCCAAUGUGUAGUUUGGAGCGAGGUUUUAGUAGACGUGGGACAAUGUUUCGCGCACUAGAAUCGUUGGCCAUGAUGACACCUGAGGAGGAAGCCGAAAGAGGAAGUUUAGUGUUGAAAGUCGAGGUGGGAGGAGUAAUAGGAAUUGAAGAAGGUGAUUGAUUAUGAAUACAGUGGUCUUGAGUGCUGUUAGAGGUAUGAGGGGAUUAUCACUUCCCGAUUGCCCACACUGUGGAAGGGUUCUUCUAGAAGUACCUGAAAGGGAAAUUGGGUUAGAAGUGGCCUUAAUGACCUGGGAGCGUGACCGCAGUUCCCAAGGGACAGCUGCUUAAGGUCGGUCAUACACGACCUUUUUGUGGGUAAUUUUAGUGUUAGCUCCGUACUUGUUGAGACCUUACCGCCGGAGACGGAAAUCCGUGGGGUAAGGCGAGGUGUGCAUUUUUAGGGUCGACGUUUUCUAACCCCACCUCUCCUUGUGGGAAGGCAGCAUCGCCGUUAUGCUGGUUGUCUGAAGGAAACACCUUACCGCCGUCACACCUCUUUACAGUCAGCAGUACGACUUGGGUUUGCUGCUUUUAGUCUCACCGCUCUUCAACCGACCUGUCUGGCAUAGUUAGACCUUGAGGAAUGAUUGUUCCAGCCAGUAUAACUCGGUUGGUUCAUCACGAUAGGCAAGCCAGACCACCAAGUCAAGAUAGCAGCAACGGUCGGGACUGAUUAGGUUAUUUAUUCUUUGCACUUUCUACCAUUACUCUGUAUCCCGUUAAUGUAGUUCUAAGUAUUAUAACCCUGACUGAUAAGAUAUUUAUGCUUAUAUCAGACUGGAUUAUCCAGUUCUAGUUUUUAAUCAAACUUAAGGAGGUGAUUUAAUAGUACCACACUAUUUUCUCUAGCUGUCUUGCUGCGAUACACCUGAGGGUAAAACUGCUAAAUGCUGCCAAGGUUCAGAUGUGGGGAAUAGCACGUUCUGCCCAUGUACUACAGCUUGUUGGACUGUAAUUCAAGAACGGUUAUCAACUGGUGUCCGAGUUACUGGUGCAACUAGCCUUUUCUUCAGCGUCAUUGAACUUCUAGGAGUAUGGACGGCUCUUCGCUAUCGGCACCAACGUGAUCCCUUACUUGAUCCAAACAGUGUUCUCUGAAUUGUCUUCUCCAUAUUCACUGUCAUUACUAUUAUUAUCAUCAAAAUUAGUGCCAUAUCAUAUAGCUCUGCAACACAUCAUGGAUGCCUGACAGGUUAAUUUUAUAACAUGAAGUAACAUUUUCUAGUCAUAAAUACUAUUGAAACAAUCUUAAUUUCACCCGUUUCUUUGCGUGUUUGUAUGCAUUAUUGCUUUAAUUGUUUUUAUCUAUCCCAAUUUAUAAUCAGUAUUAUCUUCACGAGUGAUAAAAGCCUCCGUAAGUCCAUUAUCAUUUGUUCGAUGACUUCAUUUUUAAUCUAAACUCGAGAAACAAACUACUCUUUGCAUACACAAAUUUGUGCACAUUUAUCUGUUUUUCACUCCAUACUUGUGUUUGUACGCAACGAUUAUCUUCAUUAAGGUCACUGUGAUCUCAAAUCACCUGAAGAGAUUCAUUAAACGUAAAAUAGAUUUCUUGU